UGGCCUAGAUGGGCCGCAGCGUCGGGCCCCUGCGCGCCGGAUGAGCGCAGAGACCACAAGCCGGCCGCUGAGUGCGCGGGGCCUCACCCGGCUGCGCACCCAGCUCCGCGGACGAGGGCCGCUAGGCCCGGCCGCUGAGGGCGCGGCCACUCCGGAGAGGCGAGAGGGAACGGCCCCGAGAUGGCCCGGCGAGAGGGCUCUUUGGCGGUGGGCGCCCUACACGUGGUGCGGGCCGGGGAACAGCCCUGGAGCUGGUAGCUGUCCGACGCCAGAUGGACCUUGACCUGUGCCUGGGCACUGCGUUCGUGCCAAGCCAAGACUAGCUGGGGCACGGACGGAGCGCGCUCUAGGAGGUCGCCCGGAGCCCAGGCCGCGCUCGCCGGCGCGGCCAUGAAGAUGAUCCUGGUGCGCAGGUUCCGCGUGCUCAUCCUGAUGGUGUUCCUGGUGGCCUGCGCGCUGCACAUCGUGCUGGACUUGCUGCCCAAACUGGAGCGGCGCGCCGUGCGGCCCUCGGGGGAACCCGGUUGCUCGUGCCCGCAACCCGCGGUCGAGGCGGCGGCGCCUGGCUGGGCCAAGGCGCGGGGCCGCCCCGGGGAGCCCCCCGCCGCCUCGUCCGCGGCUGGCGACGCAGGCUGGCCCAAUAAACACACGUUGCGUAUCCUGCAGGACUUUAGCUCCGACCCUUCCUCCAACCUCACAUCCCACUCUCUGGAGAAACUGCUGGCCGCAGCCGAACCGGCCGAAGGCGCCUUGCAGGGGCAGGAACCCGGCAGUCCCCGGCCCCGCGAUCCCGCGCACCGGCCACUGCUCCGAGAUCCUGGGCCCCGUCGGUCGGCGCCGCCCCCUGGCCCGAGCGGGGACAGCUCUCUCCUGGCUAGGCUGUUUGAACACCCACUCUACCAGGUGUCGGUUCCACCGCUGACGGAGGACGACGUCCUCUUCAAUGUGAACAGCGACAUCAGGUUCAACCCCAAGGCGGCAGCUGAGAAUCCUGACUGGCCACGUGAAGGCACUGAAAAUGAAGAAUUCUUGCCCACGGGGGAGGUGGCAGUGGACUCCUACCCCAACUGGCUUAAGUUCCACAUCGGCAUUAACCGGUAUGAGCUCUACUCCAGACAUAACCCAGCAAUCGAAGCCCUCCUGCGUGACCUCGGUGCUCAGAAGAUAACCAGUGUUGCCAUGAAGUCGGGGGGCACGCAGCUCAAGCUCAUCAUGACGUUCCAGAAUUAUGGGCAAGCACUGUUCAAACCCAUGAAGUAA